UCAACACAAAAAACAGCGGCAAUUUGUUGUUGACAAAGGACAGCUGGACAUAUAAAGGGCCCCAUUCCCUUCAGUAGUUUAGGGCCUCAUCAAACCUAAAUCCGGCCCUGAAGGUACCCCAAGAGUUAUUUAGUCCAACCCCCUACAAUGCAGGAAUCUCAACUAAGGCAUCCAAGACCGAUGGCCACCCAACUUCUGGUUAUACUGUACAGGUUUCGUCCAUUGCACAGUGAAACUGAUUGAUCUGCCUUCUCCAACUAACAACAUCGUGGCAGAAGCUCUGCUGAGUUUGGGGGGGGGGUGCAUAAGCGUUAAUCCGUCCCUCGGAACGCUAUGCUAUGUUAGCCUUUAAGGCGCCACGGGACUUUUCCUUCCAGGAAAGCAAUGCUCCUAACUGUUUGUCCUUAAGCGCACUUCUUUUAGAAACCCGGCUGCUCCCUGCCAGCCUCUUCCUCGCCGCUCACUGGGCAAAACGAGGCGGGACCAGCUGGCGCACCAGCGGCUGUGGGUGCUCUGCGGACUGAACUCCAGCAACCUUCGGAUCCGGCUUCUUUCGUUUUCGUUUCCCGGAAGGGUAGUGCAGUAAUCGGAGACCGCGUUCUCCUGCUUUUGCUUGCCAGGGAGGGAGGGAGAGAGAGAGGGAGAGGGUGGCUAGGAUCGGGGGGGGGGGCCAGAAGACUUGCUUUGCACCCAGAGCGCCCCAGCCCCCAGAGCAGCGGCUGCACCUUCCACUUCCCACCUGUAAUGCAGGGUGAAGUGGCAACUAGUUCUUCAGGUCCCGUGGCAACAUCUGCUUUGCCCCUGCAAUUCCAGCCCACAUCUGUUCCAUCCUUACUCUACGAGGGACAAAUCUGCACAUUACCAGGCUGCCUCAGAAUCCAGCCCUCUCUGUGGAGCAAAGAUGAUGUGAGUCACUGGCUGAGAUGGGCUGAAAAAGAAUAUUCACUCAGGGAAACAGAGGAAAGCAAGUUUGAAAUGAACGGGAAAGCUCUGUGUAUUCUCACCAAGGAAGAUUUCAGAUUGCGGGCUCCUAACUCAGGAGAUGUUUUGUAUGAAUUGCUCCAAUACAUUAAGACAAAGAGGCGAGCCCUUAUUUCUAGCCCUUUCUUUAACUCUGCCCUUCGGGAUGCAGAACACACACGGGCCCAGAGUGCUCCAGAAGGUGUGAGAUGCAAGUUAGAUGGUCUUUCAGCUGAUGGCCAUUCACACCCAACAGAAAGGUUGAUCAUCCCUACAAGUCAUCCAAGCCAUGCAGAGCCGAAUAGAUCUCCCACCAAGAUCUUCUACAGCCCUGGGUGCAUCAGUCUCUCUGAUCAUAAUUUGGGGAUCAAUUACAGAGGAGAUAUUAUUUGCUCGUUUCCUGGGACACCAGCUCCAGUCAGUGGUAAAAUUGCAGACUGCAGGUUACUUUGGGAUUACGUCUACCAGCUCCUCUGUGACAGCCGAUACGAAGCAUUUAUCAAAUGGGAAGAUAAAGAGGCCAAGAUAUUUCGUGUUGUUGACCCCAAUGGACUAGCCAGGCUCUGGGGUAAUCACAAGAACCGUAGGAACAUGACGUAUGAGAAAAUGUCAAGAGCUUUGAGACAUUACUAUAAACUCAACAUCAUCAAAAAGGAACCUGGGCAGAAACUCUUGUUCCGAUUCCUGAAAACUCCUGGAGAGAGAAAACCUGACAAGUCUAGCGUAUUUGAGCAGCUGGACAAUGAAGAGCAGGAAGGAGAGGACUGGAAAGAAGAUGUGCUGGAAAUCUCACCAUAGAACAUUUGCCAAGCCACAGAAGUACUCAGAGGCUGCGUUGUGCAAUGGAAAAGCUUUAAAUGACUGGAUGAUGUGAAAUAAUGUUUCCAAUCAGUUUUUAAUCUGCUGCUGAACUGUAAGCAAAUUCUGUGCUUAUAUAGCAGUCAGCAUUUCUGUUUGAAAAUGGCAGUGCUCAGAAUCACAUAUCUAUAGCCACUGCCCAGCUUGUUGCUGGGUGAUUUGUAAGCCACUUUUUCACAGACCAGCCUCUUAAGAUCUAUAGAUCCGUAACCCCAUAAUUCUGUUAUUUUUUUGAUAGUGUGUGUGUGUGUGAAUGCACUCUCUAAGUUCCAAGUUCAAGUUUAUUACAGCCAUAGGCCCAUAUCUACGUAACAAUACAGCAUUCAUCAUACAACUAACAAAAGACUUCGAUGAGUUUAAAGAAGCAAACAAAUUAAUUAAAAUUAAGAUUAAUUCAAUUAAAACAACCAAAUUCAAUAAAAUCCAAAUCAUCCAAACCAUAAUUCAGCUUCUACCAAAUAAAAUUGUAAAUGCACAGCACAGUUCUAGGUUCUUUUAAUAAGUGUUAAUAUUGGUAGACCAUCAAUAAUCAUAGAGAAGUCAGUUUUCCUUUUUAUAGAACAAGACUUUAGUCAGAAAUCUAGCGACCAUAAGGGAUCUGGACGGGUCCUCAUCAUUCAAUAGGUAUACCAAUUGGGUUUCCUGGGUUUCAUCCGAUAUGUAUUAUAAUAUAUAUAUUAUUUCACAAAUUGUUUUCUUCUUUAGCUUUGACAUUGCUAUUCCAAUUUUCUGUUUGCUUUUUUACAAAUGGGAAGUGGAGUCCGAGAGAUAAAAUAAAGGUACUCUUUUAGCAUAAGCACAACUUUCCUCCCAGCCGCACAAGUAUAGAACACCAUCCUUCCAUUACUGUGCUAUGGUAGGAAGAAUCAAGUCAGUCUCCCAGACACAUUAAUAGCAAACGCUGAGCCUUUUGCUUGCAAUUCUUUUUCUUUGAAGUGCUUUCUUUUUGAAAGAAAGAGCGAGAGAAAGAAAAAGCUGCUUUUCUCUUAUGACUAUCAAACAUUUAAUUUCCAAACUAGGUGGCUUUCAUUUCAGUUGCUGAUAAUAACUAUAUUGAACUCCGAUCUGGCUCUGGUUGCAUGCUACUAUUCCUGCAAAACAAUUGAUGACCCUGGAUAAGAAUGCACAUUCAUGGCUGCAUUGAAAGAUGCAUGCAGCCAGUUCAGUAAGGUCUAGACGAGCUCUGCAGUGUGGAUGCAGGUGCUUACCUGAAGCAGUGAUGGCAUUAAUUUUAGCCUCUGGACCUAUUGGUCUUGCAGCCCUGCCUCCUCUUGUAUAUUGCUUCAUUUUCUUCAAAUUCUGGCAAGGCCUUCCUGCUCAUUCUGCCCAGCUGGGUCCUGAACAUACACCUCAAAGGAACUGAUCUGAAUGUACAUUACUUCCAUGCAUGCGAUCUCGCUUCUCUCUUUGAUUUAUUCAGGUGAAGGGAGUGGCACCCCAAACCCCCCACACGAAGGGGGGGCAGCGACCCAAAGUCUAGGCAAAAUUCUAGGGAGGAGUAGGAUCCUAAUACGGCUAACUACUCCACACUGGUUAUGUGGGGGUGACUGUACCCUUGUUAGUUACAUUAGUGGCUUGCGUCCAGUGCAAAAUAAAUGAAAUGUGACACAGUGGUUGGGGCAACUCAAGUCAGAUGGAAGUGUACAAAUAGUAUGUUGUUAUUAUUAUUACUAGGGAAGAAGGGAGCCCAGAAAGAGCUGCUGAUUUCUUAUUUUGUUUUGCCCUGUGUAGGACUUUAGGAAGAUGCCACAGAUCUAGUGCUACCACUCUUCUAAUGUUUGUUUUGGGAUUAAUACCUCAGACCGCAGAACCUCACAUGCUGCAGCAGGAUCUCUGCAUACCUAUUAAGCAGAAUGGCAUGGUAUGUUAAAUAGAGGGUGGAGAAUGGGAAUGAAGCUUAAAAGGGAACCAGAAUCUGGAUGGAUUUGAAAAGUGCAGGGCUGGGUUUAGAGAUGAAAGCUCAUUUUGGAUUUGAAUUCUAGUGAUUCUUAUCUGAAUUAAAUACAGCCUUGUGCUAAAGUGUGCACUUAAAGAGCUCUGUUGCAGCAGAAGAAUUGUUGCACUGAUACCUAAUGAGGAUAUUAUCUUUUGUGUUUUCAAAACAUGGCACUAUAAAAUAAAACGAACAGGAAGCAUGAAUCAAAAGAUUUGUUGAGAGUGUGAAUAACACAUUUUAAGCAUGCAAGCUGAUUCACCAUUCAUAGAUAGUGGAAUUUUGUUGUGGCAAUGUUCCAGUUUUACAGAUGGGAAUCUGAAGCUGAAAGGCAAGGACUUAUGAGAGCUAAUGAGCAAAAACUCCUGAGUCCCAAGUUUGACUCAGUGGACUGCACUAGCUUGCUCAACAAUGAAGUAGAGUUAACAGCAAAUAAAAAAAUACAUUGCUAUAUGCACUUUCAUAAUCAGUUGUUGUUCAAUCACCAUACCAAACUGCACUUGGUACCUCUAGUUACAGACACUUCAGGUUACAGACUCCACUAACCCAGAAAUAGUACCUCAGGUUAAGAACUUUGCUUUAGGAUAAUAACAGAAACGAAUUAAGUUCUCAACCAGAGGUACCACUGUAAUUACUAUUACCGGUAUUUACUACUGUUAUGCAGCAAAGCAUUUGAAGCUGCUGUCUACUUGACAAUGAUGGGGAACACACAGGAAACAAUAGAGGGGUAAACCUUGUCAACAUUGAAUGCUUCUGCAUGUGUCAACUUGCACAUCACAUAGUCCUUAAAACAGAUGACCUGUUUCCACAGCAGAGGCAUUCUAUACAGUUACACACACUAUAAGACUACAGAAUUAUGUGGACUCUUCAGAAAUGAGAGUUUAUCCAAUUAAAAGAUAUUACCUUGGAUUUUCACUUUAACUGAUGUAACUAUGACUUCUCAUACAUUUAUUUCUUCUGCCAACUAUUCCCUCAGGAACAGUUAAAGGGGAUGGAAGAUAAGGAAAUAGAAGUCCAACAGAGCAAAACCACAAAGUUUGUGUGGCACCAAGCUGCAAGAGAGGCAAGCUCUUGGACAAUCUUUCAAACUCCGAAUUCCAAAAAUGUCUCUUGUAAACCUUUUUUAUUCUAUAAUCUAUAUUCCAUUAUAGUUUGUGAAAUUGCAAACCACAUGAAUGAGAGGUCACGCCACAAUAUUUUAUAAAAUGGAUAUACACCCAUAUAUCAGACCCUAGUUGUUAUACGUCACAGUAGUUUAAGUACAUGAUUAGAUGACAAAUUCAUCUACUAGGCUCUUGCAUUAGAUAGUUCUCCAUACCUGUUUUAUAUAUCCUAUCCAUCAAUGCUAGGCUUUAAUAUAUUUGUGUGUUAUAAACGAGGAGGGAUAGGUAUCAGAACAGCUACUGAUGGAUCAGAAAAUAAAACAAAGCAGCAGGAAUUCGUCACCCUGAUUCAACUUGUGCCUCAAGCUGACACCUAAUGCCUGAGACCGAUGCGAUGUAGCUCUUUCUGAAUUGUUCCACUCCAGGCUACUGGUGUGGGCUUUAAAAUUUUAAUGCUUCUCUCUACACCCCAAAUCCCUUUGCUCAUGAGGAAACAAACUUCAGUUUCCCAGCAUGCUAUUUUGAA